GGGGCGCGGGAACGGGAUGUACCUCUACUGGGGCACCAGCCCCCGAAGACCUCUGCACCGGAGGCGGACCGGCCGGGAUGGCGUCGAGCUGCAACAGGCGGCCUCCGGGGAGCGCCACUCGCUGCUGCUGCUGAGCAACGGCGAGGUGCACUCGUGCGGGAACAACAGCCAGGGCCAGCUGGGGCGGAGGGGCGUGCAGAGCGAGGAGCAGCCAAAACCAAUUCGUGCAUUGGAAACUCUACGCGUUGAUCUUGUGAGCUGUGGAAAGGAACACUCUCUUGCUGUCUGUUACAAAGGAAGGGUCUUUGCAUGGGGGGCUGGUUCUGAAGGGCAGCUGGGAGUUGGAGAAUUUAAGGAAAUAAAUCUUAUACCUAGGAAGAUAAAAACUCUGACUGGUAUAAAAAUUAUACAAGUUUCCUGUGGACACUACCACUCCCUGGCAUUAUCAGAAGAUGGCCAACUGUUUUCAUGGGGAAGUAACAGCCAUGGGCAGCUGGGCCUGGGGAAGAAGCUCCCCUCCCAAGCCAGCCCGCAGAGGGUGAGGUCCCUGGACGGCAUCCCCCUCACUCAGGUGGCUGCAGGCGGGGCCCACAGCUUCGCCCUAUCUCUCUCUGGGGCUUCAUUUGGCUGGGGAAACAACAAUGCAGGGCAGCUGGCCCUCCAAAAGAAUAAUGUCCCAGUACUGCAAAGCUCCAAGCCUCGUUCAAUUGGUGCGCUGAAGAAUCUAGGUGUGAUUUAUAUCAGCUGUGGUUAUGAGCAUACUGCAGUGCUUACCCAGACCGGGAAAGUGUUCACGUUUGGAGGCAAUAGCUAUGGACAGCUGGGACGCAGCCCCACUGCUGAGAAGGAAGGUCCACAACUCAUGGAAGGAAUUGAUGGCCUAGUUUCACAGAUAGAUUGUGGAAGUUACCAUACCCUUGCAUAUGUCUACACCACUGGAAAGGUAGUGUCUUUCGGUCGCGGACCAAGUUGCAAAAGCAGCCCAACUCAUCUGGAGGCUCUGACAGAGAACGCUGGCUUUACCUGCCUGAUUUCUGCUGAUGACCUUGUGGAUUUUCAAGUCAAACAUAUUUUUGCUGGAACACAUGCCAAUUUUGUGACAACUUAUCAGGAUACCAGUUCCACAGAUGUUUCCAGGAAAAUCCUGCCAGAAAUAAGUCAAAUUAACCAGUCCCUGAUGGAUAAAUGGAUAGCAGCGGCAACAGGAAGCACUGAACGUCAAGUGACUAAGAGUGAAAUUAUGAAGAUAUUUUCAUCUCCUGCUUGUCUGACUGCAAGUUUUUUAAAGAAAAGAGACCUCGUAGAAACGAUUUCCAUUGAUGUGGACUUACAAAAGGCAAGAGAUACCUUCGAGAAGUUAACAAAAACAGAAUGGAUUUCUUUCAUGAUAACUACAUGUCUCAGGGAUAGUCUUCUCAGAGCUCUUCCGUGUCGUUCUUCACACCGAGAAGCAUUAUCAGUUUUCCUUCUGCUCCCAGAAUGUCCUGUGAUGCAUGAUUCUAGCAACUGGAAGAGUCUGGUGGUUCCAUUUGCAGAAGCUGUUUGCAAGAUGAGUGACCGAUCUUCACGAGUCCUGAAGCAGUGUUGGGCAUCUUUGCAAGAAUCUUCUCUCAACAAACUGGUCCAGAUGCUUAAAACUGCCAUUAUUUCUCAGUUCUCCCGGUGGACUGAACACAGUCAGAGUUACUGCAAUCUUAAAGCUCUUCUAGAAGUGAUGAAAGAAAUACAUAAGGUAAACACAGCUAACUGCCAACUACCAGAAAAUACUUUCAACAUAAAUGAAGCCUCCAAUUUCGUGAACACGUAUACUCAUACAAGAUUGUUCUUUAGGGCUAACAACCUGAUACGUGCAGAAAACCCCAGUCCCAUUGUUUUAAGUGAUUUUCCAUUUAUUUUUACUUUGCUAUCCAAAAUUCUAUUAUUACAAGUUGAGUCCCGUUUGAAAAUGCUGGACUUAAAACAGAAAGAAUACCUGGAUUGGGAGCAAGUGAUUCUGCAAUACAAUAUAUCCCCUACACUUACACUUAGAGUCAGACGAAGUCACCUAGUUGAAGAUGCUCUGCGUCAGUUAAGCCAAACUGAAGACACUGACCUCUGUAAAGUAUUAGUGACUGAAUUUAUUAAAGAAAUUCGUUCUCAGGGGCACGGGGUAAUAUCCGAGUUCUUCUACAGUAUAUUUGAAGAGAUGACCAAGACAGAAUAUGGAAUGUUCAUGUAUCCUGAAGAUGGUUCCUACAUGUGGUUUCCUGUCAGUCCUAAAUUUGAGAAGAACAGAUAUUUCCUUUUUGGAAUACUGUGUGGACUCUCCCUAAACAACUCAAAUGUCGCCAACCUUCCUUUUCCACUGGCUCUGUUUAAGAAACUUCUGGAACAAAAGCCAUCAUUGCAAGAUUUAAAAGAACUCAGUCCUCUUCUAGGGAAGAAUUUGCAAGAAGUUCUAAAUAAUGAAGCUGAUGACAUUGGAGAAGAACUUGACAUAUAUUUUUCUAUACACUGGGACAAAAAAGAUGUUGCUUUAAUUCCAAAUGGGAUCUCUGUACCUGUGGACCAAACCAACAAGAAAGAAUAUGUUUCUGCAUGCAUUGAUUACAUUUUCAACACCUCUGUAAAGGCAGUUUAUGAGGAAUUUCAGAGAGGAUUUUAUAAAGUCUGUGACAAGGAAAUACUUUUUAAACUUUUCCAUCCUGAAGAACUAAUGACAGCAGUGGUUGGAAGUACUGAUUAUGACUGGAAACAGUUUGAAGAGAAUUCACGAUAUACUCCAGGAUACCACAAAUCACAUCCUACUAUACUGAUGUUUUGGAAAGCUUUCCACAAAUUAACCUUGGAGGAAAAGAAAAAAUUCCUCUUUUUUCUUAGCGGAAAUGACAGGCUGCACGUAAGAGGCAAACAGAAAACAGGAAUCCUAUUUCGCUGUCCUGAAACUUUCAGUGAAACAGAUUACCCAAGAGCGCUGACCUGUUAUAAUAUUCUGGACCUUCCUAAAUAUUCUACAAUGGAAAAAGUGGAGGAAGCCCUUCAAGUAGCCAUCAACAGCAAUAGAGGAUUUGUCUCUGUCACAGUCACAGAGCAACAGUGA